UCCAUUUUCUCAUCACUUUCACACCCUCUUUUCUUUCUUUCAAAACGACACAAAGAGCUGUAAAACAGUAAUACGCACGACUUUAAACGCCACAACUCCUUUUGUAGUUAUGGCUUUUGCCGCUUUCGUCUUUCCCCACCACCACCACCACCAUUACCAUUACCAACUCCUUCUUCCUCCUCACCCUUCACUACCACCUUUACAACAAUUUCAAGUACCCUACUUCUCUUUUGACUCGUCUAAGAAAAUAUAAAAAAGUUCGACUAAUCAAAAUCUUAAUUAAACCAUUUGGCCUUUUCUCUUCUUUUGUUUCUAGUUUUCGUAUUCUUUAAUAUGGGUUAUCUUUCCUGUAAUGCGGAGUCCGCCAUAUCGACCUGCGAUACUUACAACUGGCCCGAACUCAAAAGUAAAGCUAAUAAGAUACGAAGAAGACCCAAUAAGCAGCUGUUCAAGAAGAUCAGAGAGUUUACUUACGAGGAGCUCGCUUCCGCCACCGACGAUUUCUCUACUGAGAGCUUUCUUGGCAAAGGCAGCCAUGGAAGCGUCUACAGAGCCGUCCUCGACAAUGGGAAGCUUAUUGCCGCCGUUAAAAAGACAAAACAACUCUCCAGCUCCACGCCAAGCCUUUACUUUAACGCUUCCGGCCCCGGAAACUGUACCACCCCGGCGGAGAACGAGAUCGAAAUACUCUCGAGGGUUCAGCAUCCCAGGCUGGUGAAUCUCCUUGGAUUUUGUACGGACUCCAUGGAUAGGAAGUUGAUUGUGGUCGAGUACAUGCCCAACGGGUCUUUAUACGAUCUAUUACACUCCGGAUCGUCAAGGCCGCCUGGUUGGACCCGGCGGAUAAGAUUCGGGUACCAGGUGGCAAAGGCAGUUCACGCGCUGCACCAGUCGAACCCGCCGGUAAUCCACCGGGAUAUAAAGUCGUCCAAUGUUCUGAUCGACCAUGACGGGAACGCCAGGCUGGGCGACUUCGGACUCUCCUUGAGGGGACACGUGGAGGACGUUCUCGUGAAGUGCACUCCUCCGGCUGGAACUUUAGGUUACCUCGACCCGGGUUACCUUGCUCCGGGGGAUCUAACUGCCAAGAGUGACGUCUUCAGCUUCGGGAUUCUCCUCCUCGAGAUCAUCAGCGGGAGGAACGCCAUCGACGUUAAUUACAGCCCUCCUUCGAUCGUUGACUGGGCUGUGCCCGUAAUAAAGCGCGGCGACUACGCUGUAAUCUGCGACAGAAGAAUCGGUCCAGCAGCAGACCCAGCCCUGAUCCGCCAACUCGCCGUGCUCGCGGCAAGGUGUGUUCGGUCCACAGCGGAGAAGCGUCCGCCGAUGGUAGAGGUCGUUGAGUGCCUCAAGGUGGUGAGGAAGAGGGCUCACGCACCGCCUAUAUGGAACAACUUCCGGCAGCGGGUAAGGUGUGUGGAGGGUGAAGAGCCAUUGCUGUGCCACCGGGAGGUUUACGACGUCAGCGAAGUCGACGUAUUAAAGGUCCCGGAGACGGCACCGACAGGGCAAGCAGCGAGUCGUAGAAACAGGAAAUUAUCGAGUGCUGCGGGCGCACAGAAUGGGAAUAGAACUACCACUUCUUCUUCUUCUUCUAAGAGUAAAAGUGGUACUAUCUCUACAACAUGUAUAACUAAAGUUGAACGAGUGGUACGGUCAAAGUCAAUCGGGUCAGUAAACGAGAUUGAAGUCGGGGUGGGGCCUGAAUCCGAAACGAGCCUUGGAGUUGGAGUUGGAGAUAACAAUUCUGGUUCGUGUGGUGUAAGAAGGUCAGGGGUGGCGGUGAAGAUGGCGCCGGCGGUGGUGCGGCUGAGUAAGUCUCGGUCGCUUGGAGUGUCGCGCAGUCAGCAGCAGAGCCAGAGGGUUGUGGUGCAGAGGUUUGUGUUGGAGUUCGAGCGGGACCCAUCUCGCUCGACCACGGAAUUUGAUAUGUCCAAGUUGGUUAUUAGUAGUUUAGAUGACAAAUCUGACAGGAAAAUACUCGAGGAACCACUGGUUACUACUGCUGCACCUAGUUAAUUAAUUAAUUAUCACUAUUACCAUCUCUCUCUUUUCUUUUUUAAUUUUAAAAAAAAUUGUUAUUGAUUAAUUGAUAUUGGAGAUAAAACCAAAAAUGGUGAUCUAAUAAUGAAGAUGGGUUGUGAUCAUCAUGUGUUAAUCAUACUUUUGACUCUAUAUUUCAGGUUGGUUGACUGAAAACACCGGUGAAAUAGAGAAUUGAUUUUUUUUUUUCAAA